AUGGCGUCCUCCCAGGCCUGUACCAUUCCUGGCGGCUCGGCCUAUUCCGAGUUUCGUCGCCAGGCUCUGGCCUCUCUCAUCGGCGCAAAUGAGGUCCAGGGACAAUAUAUUCACUAUGUCGAACUCGAAGCACCCCUAGAUGCUGAGAGUCACGCAUUUUUGGAGAAGCUGUUGACCAACGGCCAGCAUGUGCAGGCGCAGGAAAAGGAAACUAGCUCAUCCACAGUUCUCUAUGUUGUCCCCAGACCCGGGACGAUUUCACCUUGGAGUUCCAAAGCAACCAGCAUUGCCCAUGUCUGCGGUCUUCAGAAGGUUGUCGGGAGGAUUGAACGCGGCCUCAAAAUCACCGUGUCUCUAGACGCUGGGAAGUCAUUGGACGAUGCGCGUGCUCUGGAUUUCCUGCAUGAUCGAAUGACCGAGACCAUCUCGGAGAAGGAACCUGACCUUGGUCUACUGUUCCAACACCAUGAGCCUGGCUCGUUGGUCACAUAUGAUCUCUACGGCGACGGACAGUCUCCCGUCAAAAUACUCUCAGACCUCAACACCCGGCUAGGUCUCGCUCUCGACCCUUCCGAGAUCCAAUAUCUCGCCGAAGCAUAUUCUCGAGAUGGACCUGUCCCGAGGAAUCCAACCGACGUCGAGCUGUUCAUGUUCGCCCAAGUCAACUCGGAGCAUUGCCGACACAAGAUAUUCAACGCAAGUUGGACUAUUGAUGGCCAGCACAAAACUAACACGCUAUUCGGAAUGAUCCGUAAUACCCACAAGCAUACUCCAGAGGGCACGAUCAGCGCCUACAGCGACAAUGCAGCCGUGCUAAAGGGAAGUGAUGGGAGCCAUUGGGCGCCUGAUGACUUCACUGGACAAUGGAAAUCAACGAAAGAAGCGGUGGAUAUCCUUGUCAAGGUCGAAACCCACAAUCAUCCCACUGCUGUCUCCCCGUUCCCAGGGGCCGCGACUGGCUCUGGGGGCGAGAUCAGAGAUGAAGGAGCCACGGGACGGGGAUCCAAGCCAAAGGCCGGUCUGGCAGGGUUUUGCGUCUCUGAUCUGCUCAUUCCUGGGCACCGUCAACCAUGGGAACUCGACUAUGGUAAGCCUCACCACAUCGCAAGCAGUCUCGAUAUCAUGCUUGAAGCCCCUAUUGGAAGUGCAGCAUUCAACAACGAAUUCGGUCGUCCUUGCACGGUCGGGUACUUCAGAACUCUUCUGGUGGAAAUGAAAACUGGUAAGGAGUCUACAGAAGUCAGGGGUUAUCACAAGCCCAUCAUGAUUGCCGGUGGUGUUGGUACGGUGCGCCCACAGCAUGCCUUAAAAGACCCUAGCAUUGUCAGGGAUGGUGCAUUCUUGAUUGUCAUGGGUGGGCCAGCUAUGCUUAUUGGGCUAGGCGGCGGUGCCGCCUCGAGUGUCAGUUCAGGAGAAGGAUCUGCUGAGCUGGACUUUGCCAGCGUUCAGAGAGGCAACCCGGAGAUGCAGCGACGAGCGCAAGAAGUCAUCAACGCCUGCGCGGCGCUUGGCCCACACAGUCCUAUCCUCUUCAUCCACGAUGUGGGAGCUGGCGGGCUUUCAAAUGCACUGCCAGAACUCGUUAAAGACGUUGGUCUGGGGGCAGAAUUUGAACUCCGUGAUGUCGACUGUGCGGAUAAAAGCAUGAGCCCGCUGCAGAUAUGGUGCUGCGAGGCUCAAGAGAGAUAUGUCUUGGCAGUUGCACAAGAAGGCAUGAACAAGUUCAGGUCCAUUGCGAAGCGUGAGCGUUGCAAGAUAUCCGUGGUUGGAAGAGCCACCAGGAGACAACAGCUCAAACUUACAGACCGCGACAACCCUGCCAAUGUGUAUGACCACCAAGAUCCGAUUGAUCUGCCAAUGGAGGUGCUCUUCGGCAAGCCCCCUAAAUUGACCCGAGACGUGACAUCCAGAAAGGUCGACUUGCCAGUUUUCGACACAAGCUUGAGCAUGUACGUCCCGCAAGCCUCUACCGAUGGGCUCCUCGAAGAAGCCAUUAGCCGAGUUCUGCAAAUGCCAGCUGUUGGAUCAAAAUCAUUUUUGAUCACGAUCGGAGACCGCACCGUGGGCGGUCUGACAGCCAGAGACCAAAUGGUUGGUCCAUGGCAAGUUCCAGUUGCAGACGUCUCCGUCACGGCCACGUCUCUCACGACCGGGAUCACGAGUGGCGAAGCGAUGGCCAUGGGCGAGAGACCAACCGUUGCCUUGAUCUCUUCUGCUGCAUCUGCUCGCAUGGCCGUGGCCGAGUCUCUCAUGAAUUUGACCGCUGCUGACCUGCCUGACCGUCUGCAUCAAGUCAAGCUCUCUGCGAAUUGGAUGUCUGCAUCAAGUCACCCAGGUGAAGGCGCCGGGAUCUACGAAGCAGUCGAAGCGCUCGGCAUGGAUCUUUGCCCCAAACUUGGCAUUGCCAUCCCUGUCGGCAAAGACUCGAUGUCCAUGAAAAUGAAAUGGCAGGACCCUCAGUCCAAAGCGGCAAAAGAAGUCACGGCACCUCUGUCGCUGGUGAUCUCCUCGUUUGCGCCUGUACUUGACAUCAAAAAGACAUGGACCCCCCAACUGCGCCGGUACCACGAGGUCGGUGAGUCGACAUUGUUCUUUGUCGACCUAGGUCUGGCCCAUCGCUCUCUUGGCGGAUCUAUUCUCGCCCAGUCAUUCAAGCAAAUCGGCGACGAAGCACCCGACAUCCGCUCUGUAGAACUGUUCAAGGACUUCUUUGAUGCCACACAGCAACUGCACGAGCAAGGCCUCGUGCUUGCAUACCAUGACCGAUCGGACGGUGGCUUGUUCACGACGCUGGCGGAAAUGGCGUUUGCGGGGCGCUGUGGGAUUGAGAUCAUGAUCAACGAUAUCUGCUCAUCGCCACACACGCCGGACGUGAUUGCGGCCCUGUUCAAUGAAGAGCUGGGCGCCGUGUUCCAGGUGCGCAAGGAAGACGAGAACCGAUUCAAGGCGUGCUUCGCGACCUGUGGGCCACCGCCGGGGUUGAUCCACAAGAUCGGUCGAGUGUCUUCUAAGUCCAAUACCCAGAACAUGGCGAUAUACUACGGCGCGAAGCUCAUAUACCGCGCGAGCCGCGGCGAACUGCAGAAGAAAUGGUCCAACACGUCGUACUGGCUGCAGCGGCUGCGCGACAACCCGGCCUGCGCGGACGCCGAAUACGCCGGUAUCGGCAACGAUGCUGAUCCAGGCAUCACAUACAACCUCACCUUCAACCCCAAGGAGAACAUCAACACGUACAAGACGAGCCUGCUAUCUUAUGUGCGGCCGACGACGCGACCGCGCGUAGCCGUGCUCCGCGACCAAGGAACCAACGGACAAGCAGAGAUGGCAUUCGCAUUCGAGGCCGCCGGCUUCACGGUUGUCGACGUGCACAUGUCGGACAUCUUGGACCCGAAACCACACCAAACGCAUCUCGGCGUCGAUCACGACCUGUCUUCCUUCACAGGCCUCGCACUAGCCGGCGGCUUCAGUUUCGGCGACUGUCUGGGCGCGGGUCAAGGCUGGGCAAAGUCGAUUCUGUUCCACCCAGCCACGCGGCGCAAGUUCGCCGACUUCUUUGCGCGCAAGGACACAUUCACCCUGGGUGUCUGCAACGGAUGCCAGGUGCUAAGCAAACUCAAAGAGCUGAUCCCGGGCGCCGAGUCGUGGCCCAGCUUCGAGCGCAACGAGUCCGAGCAGUACGAGGCGCGCGUGUCCAUGGUCCGCAUCUCCGACCCACCUCCCGAGUCUGGACUGCCGCCCAGCGUAUUCUUCCACGGCAUGAGCGGGUCGAGUCUGCCCAUUGCCGUGGCCCAUGGUGAGGGCCGAGCUUCCUUCACCACCACGGGGAACAAAGCCUUGGAGGGCUCACUGGCUGCGGAUUUUGCCGGUGCUCAUCUUGCCCCCAUUCGCUUUGUUGACAACAAAUCCCUGUCCCCGACAACAACGUACCCCGCCAAUCCCAAUGGAAGUCCUGCCGGAAUUGCUGGAGUCCGGAGCCAGGACGGCCGCGUGCUGGCGCUGAUGCCGCACCCAGAGCGCACCAUUCUCCAAGGCGUUGGUAGUUAUAUCCCGGCCGGGAUGAGCGCGGAAUGGGGCGAGUACGGGCCUUGGGUGCGAUUGUUCCAGAGCGCCAGACGGUGGGUGGGAUAG